CCCGGCCGCUUCGCCGACUACUUCGUGGUGUGCGGGUUGGACACCGAGACCGGGCUGGAGCCGGACGAGCUCUCCGCUUUAUGCCAGUAUAUACAGGCUUCUAAAACCCGAGAUGGUGGCAGCCGUUUCAUUUCCGGUGCAACAGAAGGGGAAAACUUUGAACAGACUCCAUUAAGACGCACAUUUAAAUCCAAAGUUCUUGCUCGCUAUCCUGAGAAUGUUGAGUGGAACCCUUUUGACCAGGAUGCAGUGGGAAUGCUGUGUAUGCCUAAAGGGCUUGCUUUCAAGACACAAGCAGAUUCCAGAGAACCUCAGUUCCACUCUUUCAUUAUUACUCGGGAAGAUGGCUCACGGACAUUCGGAUUUUCUCUCACGUUUUUUGAGGAAGUGACUAGCAAACAGAUCUGCAGUGCAAUGCAGACAUUGUAUCAUAUGCACAAUGCUGAGUAUGACAUUCUUCAUACUCCACCCACAAAUGACAAGGAUAGCUGCAGCAGCACUGGAGACUGCAAUGGCACCUCUGUUUCAAAGCUACAGCGUUUUAACUCCUAUGACAUCAGCAGAGAUACACUCUAUGUCUCAAAGUGCAUUUGUCUGAUUACUCCCAUGUCUUUUAUGAAGGCUUGUAAGAAAGUACUAGAACAACUUCACCAAGCAGUGACUUCACCUCAGCCGCCGCCGCUACCUUUAGAAAGCUACAUCUACAAUAUUCUGUAUGAGGUUCCCCUUCCUCCAGCAGGAAGGUCACUAAAAUUUUCAGGUGUUUAUGGACCAAUUAUCUGCCAGAGGCCAAGCACCAGCGAGCUACCAUUGUUUGAUUUUCCAGUUAAAGAAGUUUUUGAAUUGCUUGGAGUAGAAAAUGUGGUUCAGCUCUUCACCUGUGCCCUUUUGGAGUUUCAGAUACUGCUUUAUUCACAGCAUUAUCAGAGACUGAUGACUGUGGCAGAGACCAUCACAGCACUAAUGUUUCCAUUUCAGUGGCAGCAUGUGUAUGUUCCUAUCCUUCCUGCAUCCCUCCUUCAUUUUCUAGAUGCUCCUGUCCCUUACCUCAUGGGCUUGCACUCUAAUGGACUGGAUGACAGGUCUAAGCUGGAACUUCCUCAGGAGGCUAACCUGUGCUUUGUGGAUGUAGACAACCAUUUCAUUGAGCUGCCAGAAGACCUACCCCAGUUUCCAAAUAAACUCGAGUUCAUUCAGGAAAUUUCAGAGAUACUGAUGGCAUUUGGAAUUCCACCUGAGGGAAACCUUCACUGCAGUGAAAGUGCCUCCAAGAUGAAGAGCCUCAGAGCAUGUGACCUGGUUUCUGAUAAAAGAAAUGGGAACAUAGCAGGAUCACCUUUGAAUUCCUAUGAGCUGCUAAAGGAAAACGAGACUAUUGCAAGACUCCAAGCACUCGUUAAAAGAACAGGUGUGAGUCUAGAAAAGCAAUUGGAGGUGCGAGAGGAGACCAGUAGCAAAAAGGACCUCAAAAUUCAGUGUGAUGAAGAAGAAUUCAAGAUUUACCAGCUGAACAUUCAAAUUCGUGAAGUUUUUGCCAACCGCUUUACACAGAUGUUUGCAGAUUAUGAAGUGUUUGUCAUUCAGCCCAGUCAGGACAAGGAAUCUUGGUUUACAAACAGAGAACAGAUGCAAAACUUUGAUAAGGCAUCUUUCUUGUCGGACCAGCCUGAACCUUACUUGCCUUUCCUCUCGAGAUUCCUGGAGACCCAAAUGUUUGCAUCAUUUAUUGACAAUAAGAUUAUGUGCCAUGAUGAAGAUGAUAAAGACCCUGUUUUGAGAGUAUUUGAUUCUAGGGUGGAUAAAAUCAGGCUGCUAAACGUCAGGACACCAACUCUGCGCACAUCUAUGUAUCAAAAGUGCACGACCAUUGAGGAGGCUGAGAAAUCUAUUGAAUUGAGGCUAGCAAAAAUAGAUCACACCGCAGUUCACCCACACUUGCUGGACAUGAAAAUUGGACAAGGGAAAUACGAGCUUGGAUUUUUUCCCAAGCUUCAGUCUGAUGUUUUAUCUACUGGACCAGCAAGCAACAAGUGGACAAAGAGAAAUGCUCCUGCACAGUGGAGGCGGAAGGACAGACAGAAGCAACACACAGAGCACCUGCGUCUUGACAAUGAUCAGAGAGAGAAGUAUAUCCAAGAAGCCAGGAAUCUGGGCAGCACUAUUCGGCAGCCCAAGCUGUCCAACCUCUCUCCAUCGGUAAUUGCACAGACAAACUGGAAGUUUGUAGAAGGCUUGUUGAAGGAAUGUCGAAAUAAGACCAAGAGGAUGUUGGUUGAGAAAAUGGGUCGAGAAGCUGUGGAGCUAGGUCAUGGUGAAGUGAAUAUCACAGGUGUGGAAGAGAACACCCUGAUAGCCAGUCUUUGUGACCUCUUAGAAAGGAUAUGGAGCCACGGUCUGCAGGUCAAACAGGGAAAGUCAGCUUUGUGGUCUCAUCUGUUACAUUACCUAGAGAACAGAAAGAGGAAAACUACAUCAGGCAGCUUCAGUGCCUCAGGAAUACUACUUGAUUCAGAAAGGCGAAAGUCUGAUACCAGUCCAGCCAUGUCACCUCUUAGAAUCUCUCUCAUCCAGGAUAUGAGGCAUAUCCAGAACAUUAGUGAGAUCAAAACGGAUGUUGGCAAGGCCAGAGCCUGGGUUCGUCUCUCUAUGGAAAAGAAGUUGCUCUCUAGACAUCUGAAGCAGCUGCUUUCUGAUCAUGAACUCACAAAAAAACUCUACAAGCGUUAUGCAUUCCUCCGCUGUGAUGAUGAGAAAGAACAAUUCUUAUAUCAUCUCCUGUCAUUCAAUGCUGUUGAUUACUUUUGCUUUACCAAUGUUUUCACAACAAUCUUGAUACCAUACCAUAUAUUGAUUGUUCCUAGCAAGAAACUUGGUGGCUCAAUGUUCACAGCCAAUCCUUGGAUCUGUAUCUCAGGGGAACUGGGUGAGACAGGAGUCCUGCAGAUUCCCAGGAAUAUAUUAGAAAUGACUUUUGAGUGCCAGAACCUGGGAAAACUGACCACGGUGCAAAUAGGACAUGAUAAUUCAGGGCUGUAUGCCAAGUGGCUCGUGGAAUAUGUUAUGGUCAGAAAUGAAAUCACAGGGCAUACUUACAAGUUUCCCUGUGGAAGGUGGCUUGGGAAGGGAAUGGAUGACGGCAGUUUAGAGAGGAUUCUGGUGGGAGAGUUGCUGACUUCCCACACCGAGGCUGACGAGCGGCAGAGCCGAACCCCUCCGCUGCAGCAGUCCCCAAGCAUGAUCAGAAGAUUUGUCACUAUAUCACCAAGCAAUAAGCCAAAGUUAAAUACUGGUCAGAUACAAGAAGCUAUUGGUGAAGCUGUUAAUGGUAUUGUCAAGCAUUUCCACAAGCCAGAGAAGGAGAGAGGCAGUCUGACGCUGCUGCUGUGUGGAGAAAAUGGACUUGUUUCAGCUUUGGAACAAGUGUUUCAGCAUGGAUUUAAGUCACCAAGACUCUUCAAAAACGUCUUUAUUUGGGAUUUUUUAGAAAAAGCACAAACAUACUAUGAGACCCUUGAGCAGAAUGAGAUGGUCCCAGAAGAGAACUGGCAGACAAGGGCCAGGAAUUUCUGUUGCUUUAUCACUGCUAUCAACAACACCCCUAGAAACAUUGGGAAAGAUGGCAAGUUUCAGAUGCUGGUGUGUCUUGGAGCCAGAGACCACCUUUUGCAUCACUGGAUCGCCCUGCUUGCAGACUGCCCCAUUACAGCACAGAUGUAUGAAGACAUAGCACUCAUCAAGGAUCAUACGCUGGUGAAUUCUUUGAUUCGAGUGCUGCAGACCUUGCAGGAGUUCAACAUCACGCUGGAGGCAUCUCUUGUCAAAGGAAUUGACAUCUGACCUCUUGUCCCCCAGGAAAAACUAACUUUACAAAAAAACAAAAAAGCAACAAGCAGUGAAUCUCAUUAGUAUGCAAAAGUUCUGUCUUGCCAGUACGUUGUAUCGUGAACUUGUUCAUGGCCCAAAAAUGCAACUUUGACUUUUCUUGAAGGAAACUCCAAAAGUAGUACAGGCAAAUGGAUAGAAGCUGUAAACUCAAUGUAAAAAAGAGGAUUUUGGUAUAAAUCUAUUUUAGAGUUUAUUUGCUGAUUUGCUUUUUACACACUUUCAUGUGAAAGAGAUAGAGAUGAGUAUUGUGCAGCUUAUUUUAAAGCUGCAGUAUUUCCUUGCCAUAGAAAAUGUGCAGUGAGCCUUUCAGCAUUCUGUGAACUUGCUUUCAGAUAUGCUGUAUGUCAUAGACCCCAAUGUAUACACUCCAUUUCUGCUGAGAAGGUCAUUCUAUAGUUUUUAAACUAAUAUUUUAUAUAUUAACAUUAUU